AUGUCAGCUGUGCAGAAGGCCAUGCAGCUCAAGCAGGAACUGGAAUCAGCUGAGUCUGAGUUUGCCUGUCAGCUAGAGUCGGAGAGGGCAGUGUAUGAAGAACAGAUGAACUGUCUCAAGUACGAGAUCCACAGUCUGAAGACAGAUUAUUCCACUACAAGGGAUUCUCUCAAACAGAGCACAUCGGAAACUGUUUCCCGCUAUGAAGCAGAGAUGAUGAGCCUCAAGCAGCAGCUGGCAGCUGUGGAGGAGGAGAAGGAGAUGGUGGACAAGGAGAAGGAGGCACUGAUGGCGCAUCAUGAGCGAGAGCUGUCCUCAGCCCGGCGCCACACUGACGCCGAUGUCCGAGCUCUCAGGAUGGAGAAGGACAGCCUGCAGACCCAGGUGGAGAUACUCCAGCAGAAGAAGGAACUAACGGCAAGUAAGAUGUCGGACCUGGCCCAGGAAAUAAGCAAAUAUGCCAGUCGAUGUCAGCACUUUGAGAGUCAGUGUCAUGAGAUGGACCAUCGUCUGUCGGAGCUGACCGAACGCGAGCAUAACCUGAAGACUGACAAUGAGAAGCACCGCAGCCAGAAGGCAAAGAUCGAGGAGAAGUGCAAGGAGUUGGUACAGAAGCUGCAGAAUCAAAUGGAACGUGAGCAGAAGAUGGUGCGGGACCACAAGCAUGAGAUCACAGUGGCAUCCGAGCUGAACGCCAAGCUCCAGAAACAAGCUGAGAAGUAUAAGACUCAGAUCAUGGACCUGCAAAAGUCUUCUCAUAGUUCCAAUGACGAGCAUCAGAGGCUGGUGGAACAGGUGCGCCAGUACCAAGACAAAUACAGCAAGUACAAGGAGAGCAUGGAGACCAUGACCAAGGCUCUGGAGACACAGCGACACACGGCCGAGAAACACAGACAGCGAUCUGAGAAACUGGACGCAGACAUGUGUAAGAUGAGGGAGGAGAAUGCACAGGCCAAGUCACUGGCGUCCAAAGUCCGUACCCUGGAGAACCAGCUGGAGUUUGCUGACCGCCAAGUUCGAGAGUAUAGACAUCAGCUGGAUCAGGCAGGCACGGCUCUCCUGGGGGAUACCAACGCCUUCCAGAGACACAUGGAGCUCAGCGCCAACGACAGUCUCAACAUUGACAUCGGCAGCCACAGUGGUGGUGAUACAGGAGGGAGCCUGGAUGACUCGCUGGAUGACUCGCUGGGCUCAAGUAAUACCUUCGCUCCAGUUCCCAUAGCUCACUGGAUAGGAAGCCCCUUGUCACCAUCUCCCAAUCCAGCCUCGUAGCUCCUCAAACUCCUCAUCUGGCCUCACUCCGAGCUGCUCCUCCCUGUCUCUCCGCUCCAGCAACAGCCGAGCAUCCCUCCGCAGCAUCUCCAGCGACAGACUCAACUCCACUGGCACAGCG